AUGGAGUACUGGACCAUCAGCGAGGGUGUCGCCAUCCGAACUGGGUGGUCCUGCCGCGAAUGCAAACGAGUCAUUCAAAAGGGCGAAGAAAUCAAGGUCCGAGAUGGUCGCAAGAUGAGGUUCUUCUACCACAAGAGCUGCUUUAGUGGAGACGCAGAUCCUCGGAGCCAAAGCUCCUCUUCGCUGUGUUCAGGACGGUUUCCACAAAGCUGCUUCCACGAGACAGCUCCAGUCGUCAAGGGCCGGGGCAAAUGGUCGGUGGAGGAGUACGGUUAUCGGGCAUCGUCUGAGGGCCUGAACACGACAGGCUUUGGUCGAUCGAGGAAGCGAUUGAACAACAGACCCGAGGAUCCCGGGUCCAGGACUGCGAGCACAUCGCUGCGGGCAAGCCAAGCGUCAGUGCAUACGCUGUAG